UCAGGCCGGGCCCUCGCGCCCCGAAGCCCCGCCCCGCGGAUGUCCGCCCGCACAUGCGCCGUGGGGCGAAGGCGAGCCGGGGCCCCGCCCCCGGUCCCGUGCCCGGCCCCGGUCCCGUGCCGGGCCCCGGUCCCGUGCCGGGCCCCGGUCCCGUGUCGGCGGCGGUGCUGGUCUUCCCGCCGCAGCUGCUCUUCAGGGCCGACGAGCGGAGCAGCCACAAGCAGGUGCUCACUCUCUACAACACGUCCGCCCUCCGCCUGACCUUCCGAGUUUUGUCCACAGCCCCCUCCAGGUACACGGUGCUGGACGCCGAGGGUCACGUGCGCCCCCAGUCCUGUAUUGACAUCGUGAUCCGCAUUCGGGCCCCCGACCCCGCUCACUACGGUGCCAGCGACUGCUUCCGGAUCGAGCUGCGGGAGGAGGGGGCCGCGGGGCGGGUGGUCGGCCACAAAGACGUCCCCUCCGUGCUCCAGCCGCCGCCGCCCGCCUCCCGGGGACCCCAGAUCCCGCCCGCCCGGGCCCUCCCACCGGACGCCCCCCUCUACUCCCAGACGCCCCGGAGCCGCCCGGCGAGGCAGGGUCCUCUGCUGCCGUUGGCCCCCAGCGUCUUCCUCCUGUACCUGCUGACCGGCCUGGCCUGCGUGGCCUUCCUGCUGCUCCCGCUGCAGGGGGAUGCCCACCCCGCCCUGCCCCGCGCUCUCCACGUCUCCCUCGGACAGAAGCUGGUGGCGGCCUACGUCCUGGGCCUCCUCACCAUGGCUUUCCUCCGGCCCUGACCCCCCUCGCGGCCUGGCUCUCACCGUGAGGUGGGACGGAUUCCCCCCAAGACGGCCACUGUGACCCGGACCACCCCUCUCCCCGCCCCCCCACUCCCAGCUCAGGACCAGAAGCCCCGGGGAUUUAAUAGUCCUUUUUCCAAGUUGAAUGUGAAAAAACCACGAAAGCGCCAGAAGUGAAGGCCAAGCUUCCGUCAAGGACUCCGACAUCCUGUCUUUCCUCUCCGAGGUCUCCCUCCCCGUUCCCCCGUCCUCUCAGAGACCCAAGGGGCCCUCCCUGGCGGCCUGUGCCAACCACAGACACUCAGGCAUCCCAUCCUCCGUCCCCACCCCAUCCCCUGCCACCCGGCUCCUUCACCGGUCUUUGGCCGCAGACGCUCCGCGUCCCAUCCUCUAGCGUCUGAAAAGUCCAGCGGUCAAGCCGACGCUACAGCUCCCGCGGGGUCGAGCGGCCCAGGGGCUCCCGCGUUUCCUGGAGGACCCCCCUCACUGAUCGAGGGGGAGGGAACCCGGGCCCCCUCCCCACCCCGGCCCUCCGGGCCGAGCCGCCCUCAGGGACCUAAGGUAUCUGCCUCCCGGCCCCUUCUGUCCUCGCUCCUCUCCUAGGACCAACCCGUCCUCCCCCACAGCCUCUGGUUCUUUGUGUCCAACGCCCUAGCCCCCCUACCAGAAUACGGAUGGUAUUUUGGGGGGAAAAAAUGUAAAUGUAGCAUUGCUUUUUUGAGCUAAUUUUGUAAUACGAUUGUAGUUCUAGUAAAAUAAAGACAAGCCCCCCCUCCCCCUCGUCAGCA